AUGGUCUGGUCAAAGGAGAAGCUCACAAGAGGGGCAAGCAAGCGACUCCCCUCUUCCUCCUGUUUGCUCCCGGGACUUUGUCAACUUUUCCUUAUGGCUGCUCUCUUGGCCGUCGCUCUUUUCACGUCUCCUUUGCUGGCAUUCGACCUGGGCCAGUCCACUCGGUGCGUUACCAUCCCCAACCAGAUGAAAGUCUGCAAAGGCGUUGGAUACUCUGAGAUGAGGCUGCCAAACUUUUUAGGCCACAGCAACCUCGAAGGAGAGGUGGUGCCACGCUCUGAGGACUGGAGGCCCCUGCUGCAGACCGGCUGCCAUCCUCAAGCCCAGGCCUUCCUCUGCUCCAUCAUUGCACCCGUCUGUCUCGACACCUUCAUCCAGCCUUGUCAUAGUCUGUGUGUGGCAGUGAGGGACAGCUGUGCCCCAGUGCUUGCUUGCCAGGGACAUCCAUGGCCCGAGGCUCUCAACUGUGACCGCUUUCCUGCUGAGGAAGACAUGUGUCUGACCCCCCUUGCAAAAUUUAGCCACUUUAUGAAAGACUUGCCAAAAGCUGUUUGCCAGAACUGUCCUUCUGUGGAAGUGGCUCCUGCAGUGAAAACAGUAAUGAGUGCUUUUUGUCAUCACGACUUUGCCGUCACCGCUAAACUCCACCGUCUUCGCCAGCCCACAGGGGAGCCGGAGUUCCAGGUCGAGGGCCGCGUGGAGUUUAUCCGUCAGGGCCCCCUGUUGCCUUAUGACACUCAGCAUCUCCUCCGGGAUUGGCUCCUCAUCAACCUGAGCUGCGCCAGCGCCCUGGUUCGUCCGGGCCGCUCGCAGCUCUACGUGCUGGCCGGUUCCGUGCAGCCGGACGGCAACAUCGCUCUUGUUCGUCUCUUCCCCUGGCACAAAAAAGAUGUAGGCAUCGCACUGGCCACUCGCAAAUGGAGACAUCACAGAUGCUGA